AACGUCAUUCCUGGUUUGUUCAUAACACAACCUCAGUAUGCAACCAUAACAUCCCCAUAACUAGCGCAGUCUAAGUUUAUAUCCUAGUUCGCUCAUCGAUGCCUGUUUAUGCUGUCCAAUGGUUGGACCGUACCUUCAGAUCCCGUGCUAGAGCGGAAGAGCUCCUUCGUCCUGAUCUCGAAGAAGGGCUCAUCACCGAACAUGACUACAAUCUCGCCGUUAGCUUCCUUCCGGGACAUCAUCGUUAUUUUCCAUAUGUCUACGGUGCCGGAACGACUACUGCGUAUCUUGCGUAUGGCAAGUAUGGCAGACGGUGGUCUUUGAAAUCGCCACGCAUGUACUUUGGAAGUCUUGUAGCGACUUUCUUUGGCUUGGUGUGGGGACAACUUCAGCGUGCCAAAGCACAUUGGAAUUUCGCCCACGAGCUCGAGAAUCCUACCAACUUUGCCAAAGCGCUACAAAACGUCAACUACAGGACGGGCGGCACUCAGCCUCUAGGUUGGACAUUACCAGGUGCACAGGCGGAGGCUAAACCAGCAGGUGAAGGUCAGAAUGUAGAGGGACAGCCUAAUGAAUCUGGGUGGGCUAGCGAACCUCAUGUUGUGACCGAUACUCCAGACCAAACGUCGAAUAGACCACCAUCACCCACGCCUUCACGACCACGCAGCAGAUGGGAAGAGAUUCGCGCCGCAAAUACACGAGGAACUGCGCAUGCGUCCUCCUGGGACGCCGUCCGCCAACAACAUGAGCGCGAACGAAUUCUGGAGAGGCGAUCAUCUUCUUCAACCCCUGGCGACGACUUCGCUCCUACUUCUUCCGCUUCACGUUACUCCGACCAGGAUCGUGACCGUGAACAGGCACGUUUUGAAGCAUUAUUGGAAAUGGAACGUAAAAUGUCCCGAAGUUGAGAAGGCGCGUCGUUAUGCGUGUAGGUGUGUAACCCAGGAUGUCGAAUAUGGAUGUCUUUGUUCUUCUAGCCUCCUUUCGGAUGCGUAUUACGGCGCCGAUUCUCGAUGGGGUCCCAGUAACUUGUGCAAAAUCGAGAUUCACGAGAACUCUACGCCCGUGCUUCGCUAGCUUCUUACCAAGUUGCGAGUUUUACAAGUAUCAAAGCAUAGAAACUCGGGCAUCUCGGACACAUGAUUCUGAAUUCAAGCAAGUUGAAGCGACCAUUCGCAGCAAAGCCUAGCAUGGUCAAAUCAUAUGUCGAAUGUGUCAAUAACUGCCUGUGUAUUAACAGAAAGUCCGUAAUGUUCGUUAUAUGGAAUGCGGCGGCAUUGAAGAACCUAUGGUAAAACUACACGACAUAAAAAUCC